AUGACGGCGCCCUGGGCGGCCCUCGCCCUCCUCUGGGGAUCGCUGUGCGCGGGCUCCGGGCGCAGCGAGGCGGAGACGCGGGAGUGCGUGUACUACAACGCCAACUGGGAGCUGGAGCGCACCAACCAGAGCGGCCGGGAGCGCUGCGAGGGCGAGCAGGACAAGCGGCUGCACUGCUACGCCUCCUGGCGCAACAGCUCGGGCACCAUCGAGCUCGUCAAGAAGGGCUGCUGGCUGGACGACUUCAACUGCUACGACAGGCAGGAGUGUGUGGCCACCGAGGAGAACCCGCAGGUGUACUUCUGCUGCUGCGAAGGCAACUUCUGCAACGAGCGCUUCACCCACCUGCCGGAGGCGGGGGGCCCGGAAGUCACGUACGAGCCACCCCCGACAGCCCCCGCCCUGCUCACGGUGCUGGCCUACUCGCUGCUGCCCAUCGGGGGCCUCUCCCUCAUCGUCCUGCUGGCCUUCUGGAUGUACCGGCACCGCAAGGCCCCCUAUGGCCACGUGGACAUCCACGAGGACCCUGGACCUCCCCCCCCAUCCCCUCUGGUGGGCCUCAAGCCGCUGCAGCUGCUGGAGAUCAAGGCCCGGGGGCGCUUUGGCUGUGUGUGGAAGGCGCAGCUCAUGAACGACUUCGUGGCGGUCAAGAUCUUCCCCCUCCAGGACAAGCAGUCCUGGCAGAGCGAGCGGGAGAUCUUCAGCACGCCCGGCAUGAAGCACGAGAACCUGCUGCAGUUCAUCGCCGCCGAGAAGCGCGGCUCCAACCUGGAGGUGGAGCUGUGGCUCAUCACGGCCUUCCACGACAAGGGCUCCCUCACGGAUUACCUCAAGGGGAACAUCAUCACGUGGAACGAGCUGUGUCACGUGGCAGAGACCAUGUCCAGAGGCCUGUCGUACCUGCACGAGGACGUGCCCUGGUGCCGUGGUGAGGGCCACAAGCCGUCCAUCGCCCACAGGGACUUCAAGAGCAAGAACGUCCUGCUGAAGAGCGACCUCACAGCCGUGCUGGCGGACUUCGGCCUGGCCGUUCGGUUUGAGCCAGGGAAACCGCCCGGGGACACCCACGGGCAGGUGGGCACGCGGCGGUACAUGGCCCCAGAGGUGCUCGAGGGGGCCAUCAACUUCCAGAGGGACGCCUUCCUGCGCAUCGACAUGUACGCCAUGGGGCUGGUGCUGUGGGAGCUCGUGUCCCGCUGCAAGGCUGCCGACGGACCGGUGGACGAGUACAUGCUGCCCUUUGAGGAGGAGAUCGGCCAGCACCCCUCACUGGAGGAGCUGCAGGAGGUGGUCGUGCACAAGAAGAUGCGGCCGGCCAUCAAGGAUCACUGGCUGAAGCAUCCGGGCCUGGCCCAGCUCUGCGUGACCAUCGAGGAGUGCUGGGACCACGACGCCGAGGCCCGCCUGUCCGCGGGCUGCGUGGAGGAGCGGGUGUCCCUGAUCCGGAGGUCGGUCAAUGGCACUACCUCGGACUGCCUGGUCUCCCUGGUGACCUCCGUCACCAACGUGGACCUGCCCCCUAAGGAGUCGAGCAUCUGA